CAACAAUUACAAUUGUCUAAUAGAGUUUUACGUGAAAUUUACUUAGCAGAAAAAAAUGAAGAUCGAAAUUGAAGUGACCUCUAGAGAAACAAUCAAACCAUCUUCUCCAACCCCUAAUCACCUUCACCAUUACCAACUCUCCUUCCUUGAUCAAAUAUCUCCUCCUGUCUACAACCCUCAGGCCCUCUUCUACCCAUCAGAGGUUAACAAAACCAACAUUGAAAAAUCCAACCACCUCAAGCAAUCAAUCUCUGAUGUCCUAACCAGUUUCUACCCACUGUCCGGACGCAUCAAAGACAACAUUUAUGUAGAUUGUAACGAUGAGGGUGUGCCUUACUUGGAAGCACAAGUGAAGUGCAAACUCUCAGAUGUUCUUGAGAAUCCAGUUCCAAUUGAGCUCAACAAGUUGCUUCCUUUCAAACUGGAUGAUGUUCAAGAACUACCACUAGGUGUCCAAUUCAACAUCUUCCAGUGUGGUGGAGUCGCCAUUGGAGUCUGCAUAUCACACAAGCUUGCGGAUGCCUCAUCUUUCUUGACAUUUCUGAAAAGCUGGGCUGAAACUGCUCGCGGAGAAUCUGAUAUAGUCCGUCCACAGUUCAUCUCCGCCACACUCUUCCCGCCCAAAAACAUAUCCGGGUUCGAACCAAGCACCGGAAUUACAAACCAGAACAUUGUGGCUAAGAGGUUUGUGUUCAAUGCCUCAGCAAUUGAGACUCUCAGAGCUAAAUACACUGAUCAUGUGAACUCAACCUCCGUGCCACCAUCACGCGUAGGGGCCUUAACAAACUUCAUAUGGAAUCGCUUCGUCUCUGCUAUGAACAUCGACGAAGCAGCAACCGACACAUUCUAUAUCGUGCUUCAUGCGGUGAACCUGCGUCCAAGGAUGGAUCCUCCAUUGCCCGACUCUGCAUUUGGGAACUUGUAUCGGAUUGCGAUGACCAAUCCAUUCAUGGGUGCUUGUACAAAUCUGGCUAGCCAGGUUAGAAACUCAAUAAGUAGAAUUGACAAGGAGUAUGUGAAGAGUCAGCUUCAAGAAGGGAACAAGCACCUGGAGAUGAUCAAAGACACAGCAGAGAGUUUCAAUAGAGGUAAGAUGGUGGCUUUGAACUUCACUAGCUGGUGCAGGUUUCCAUUUCAUGAAGCUGAUUUUGGGUGGGGAAGGCCUGUUUGGGUUGGCUCUGGUUGUCUUACUUUUAACAAUCUGGUUGUGUUCAUGGACACUGUGUCUGGGGAUGGGAUUGAGGCUUGGGUUCACUUGAAGGAGGAGGACAUGACAAAGCUUGAAGCUAAUGAGGAGUUGAUUGAGUUUCUUGUUGCUUCACAAGAGUGUUAAGCGAAAAUGAUAAAGAUCUCAACGAUUGAUAUCUCAGGGAUUCCAUUUAUUGAGUUAGACUCACGGGAUCCAAGUGAAUUCGUGAGCUUCACGUGUCCUACGUGAUGCACAUGAAAUCAUGUACGUACAACUCAAAAGUUGAGAUAACUAAAUACAAACUAUUGAGAGAUGCCUAUCUAGUUUGAAUGUGUGCGUGUGAUUAUGUCUAUAUAUGCAUGAAUUAAUAAUAAUGUGAACUACGUCGUUUCGAGUGGUGAUA